CGACCAUUGGACCCUGAGACGGAGCUGAUAAACACCUGUUCAGUUUCAGGGGUGUAAAAUAAAAAAAGAAAAGAACACAGAGAGGAAAAAAUCUGAUGACAGAGGUUAGUGGGAGGAGAAACAAGGGGUCUUAUAAAUCAUUAUACAUAUCUGAAGAGGCAGACACAUCUCACAGAGCUGCUGCACACUCCCCUCAACAGAUGGUCCGACUUUCAUGACCAGCUUUCCCACAUCUGGUUUGAAAACAAAACAAAACAAACAAACAAAAAAAAAAACAAAGCAAAAAAACUUAAAACUGGAUUAAAUUUUUCUGUUCUGACCGGCGGGCCAAGGAGGCGGGUGUGAGUCAUGGAUCCAGUUGUGGAAGUAGUGGCUUUGGUUUUGGGUUUCGUUGGGUGGGUGAUGGUCGGGGUGGCGYUGCCAAACCGUUACUGGAAGACCUCCACGGUGGACGGGAACGUCAUCACCACCUCCACCAUCUACGAGAACCUGUGGAUGUCCUGCGCCACCGACUCCACCGGGGUCCACAACUGCAGGGAGUUUCCUUCGCUGCUGGCUUUGAAUGGUUAUAUCCAGGCUUCUCGGGCCUUAAUGAUUGCAUCGAUAGUGUUGGGUUCCUUCGGGCUGGUGGGGGGCCUGAUAGGAAUCCAGUGUUCGAAAGCUGGAGGGGAGAACUAUGUUCUGAAAGGGAGGAUUGCAGGAGCCUCUGGGGUCUUCUUUAUUCUACAAGGUUUGUGCACGAUGGUUUCGGUGUCCUGGUACGCCUUCAACAUCACCCAGAACUUCUUUGACCCCUUCUAUCCUGGGACAAAGUAUGAAAUAGGAGAAGGGCUUUACAUCGGCUGGUGCUCCGCCGUGCUCGCCAUAGCUGGAGGAGUCUGCCUCACCUGCUCCUGCAAGUUGGCCAAAGAGGAAAAAUACCCAGUGGCAUAUCAAUCCAGAGGGACCGUUUACUCUGGAGCUGCACCRAGCAGGAGCGCUGCUGCCAGCACCUAUGGUCGAAACGCCUAUGUUUGAUAUUUAUGAUGUUUUCAUCACUUCAGAUUGUGCUGCUGUAUCUUUUCCAUCAAGUGUUUUAUUCCAAGUUGUAGAUAGUGCGUUAAUUGUUCACUGAUGGAGGAGAGCCGGCACCCCUGCACUGUAAAUACCAGGAAAUCAGGAGUGUGUUUGAAAAGUAAGACAACUUAAAUGACAACACUGACACUGUAAACAUUGUAUAAAGCCUCACUGCUCAUCAUUGCACAAACAGACAGGCAUUUUGUUAUGUAUAAAUUUAUGUUUAUUUCUUAUGGCUCAAUUACAUGAAGUUGAACAUAUUUUUUAAAAUUCAAACUUAAGGAUCUGCAUCACCACAAACAGACGUUUGUGAGGUCAAAAGAGGAACAAUUCAGAUUUUAUUUGUGUGAUAUUUUGUACAGUUUUGUAAAGCGURUAUUACAGAGGGUGGAGGAUAGGUUGUUUUAGUUUGAAUUGUAAUUAUUUGUACUGAACUAAAAAAAGAUUUCAUGUUGAAAGCUGUAAUAUGACUUUUUUGUUUGUUUGUUUUUAAGGACAGAAAUUGGUAAUAAUUCAAAAAGCCCAAAGCUUAUAUUUCCAUUAAAAUACAUUUAGAUUGAUGUAUUUAUAUUUUGAA